AUGAGUUCGGUGCGACCCCUGAAGCCCGCGCUGAUGGCGAUUGCCACCAGGGAGCUGAACGAGGUGCCCCACCGGGUUCAACAGGAUAUCGAGGCUCUAAAGGAAUGGGUCUUGAAGCAACCACAUCUGAGAGCCUGCACCGAAGACCAGUUCCUUCUGGCCUUUCUGCGCGGAACAAAGUUUAGCCUGGAACGGGCAAAGGAGAAGUUCGAUCGGUUUUAUACCUUGCAGGGAUCCAUUCCCGAGGUCUUCAAUAAAAGACGCCUCGCCACCGAUCCCCAGGUGCUGGAUAUUAUAAGGAUGGGAGUUCUCCUGCAAAUUCCCAUGGAUGUGGACGAUCCCGGGCCUUGCGUGACCAUUAUUCGAGCUGGGUCAUACGACACGAGCAAGUACAAGUUCCAGGACAUAAUUCGCGUUGGAUCCAUGUUCGGUGAGAUCAUGAUGUUCGAGGACGAGAACGCCACGGUCAGCGGUUAUGUGGAGGUUAUGGACAUGACUGGAGUUACGGGUGCCCACCUGUUUGCUCUCCAGCCGCAGUUGCUAAGUAAGUUUUCCACCUAUGCGGACGAGGCGAUGCCGACGCGCCAGAAGGGAAUCCAUUUCAUCAAUGUCCCUGCCGCCUUCGAAGCUGGUUUCAACUCGUUGCGUUCUUUUUUUCCGGCAAAAAUCAAAAACCGGAUUUCGGUAACCUCUGACCCGUCGGCUAUAUUUGAAAUAGUGCGUCGCGAGUAUUUGCCCAAGGAGUACGGCGGAACCGGGCCCAGCAUGCAGGACAUAAGCCGAACCAUGGAGGCGAAGCUAUCCAGUUAUGAAACCUACUUUCAGGAUUCCCAGAGUUUCGGUGUUGAUGAAAAGCUGCGCGAAUUUGGGACUCACGAGCGGAAGAAUCAUCGCUCCUCCUUUGGGGCUGCGGGUUCGUUUCGGAAACUGCAGAUUGACUGAAACUGACCGGCAGGAAAUAACCAAUGUCAACCGUUAAGAUUUAAAAAGGAAGAAACUAUUUGCAUAAAUCUUACCAGGAAAACCUCGUUAGUCAGUCACAAUAACAAACAUGUUUAUAUCUAGAUUGCCAAACAUGAUGGUGAUUACCUUUGAGCUAUAAGAGGAAGUCUUACAAAACUAGUAAAGCAAUAACCACAAUGUGUCACAAACUUUAUAUUGGCUUAUUUGAUUCUUUAUAAUAUAAAGUCAGUGCCUAAA